AUGUCAAUGGCGGCCUCUCGCCCAUUUGGACAGCCUUCAUAUUCCACCGCUCCAUCACCCACUACAGCUUCAUCAGCAGGAUACACGCAAUAUAACCAACAGUCCUUCGGAGCACCUUCGAGACAAUUAUCAGGAUCCUCAUCGGGAUAUAAUCAACAAGCUAGAGUAGAUAAUGGAUCGUCAUCAAGAAUAAUGACGGGUGGAAGCAGUGGUGGAGGUCUAAGACCUCCAGGAGGCGGAGGAGGAGGGGGUGGUGGUGGGAGUAGUAGUAAUGAUAGGAAAGCGGAAAGUAGAGAAAUCGCCAGGGUACAUUGGAGAGCUUUGAAAGAGUUUCUAGCUUCUUGGAUAGAGAAAGAAUCACCGACGUCGAGAGCAUCUGCAAGAGAAAAGUUAACCAGGUUGACCAAAUUACAAUUCCAAGAAUUAUCCACGGACGUCUACGAUGAACUCAUGAGACGUAUAGCUGUGGAUAAUGGAGAACCUGAAGGCAACGUCCCCUUUCUUCCUGUACGAGAAGACUUUCACCCCAAACGUAAUCAAGCAAGGCAAAAGCUUGCGACAUUACCUAAGAACAGAUUCAAAGAUCUUGCCAGUGAUGUUUUCUACGAGCUAAAAAGACGAUUCCCCGAAUUCGAGGACGAGGAUCGACAAUACGAUGAACCACCUCCUGCACCUGGACCUACCCGACCACCUUACUCCCAAACAUCAUCGUCCCAAUCCCUGCGUGAUCGAACAAACCCAACUCCACCCCCUGGAGCUCUCAACGCCCGACUAGUUUCUUCUGGUUCUCAACAUCAACGACAGGGCUCUCGAGGCAUGUCGCAGAGCAGUCAUCGUUCGCGUCCAAGUAGAGAUCAAGAUAGAGAGAUACUUGAUGAAGGUCGAUCAAGAGAACCACAAGUGAACGCCAUGGGAACAACGAACGACGUGGUCGUACCGAACAAAAGUCGCCUGAGGGAAGAAGAAAUCGAAGUACCGUAUGCUAGAGAUAGUCAAAUGAUGGAUCAACGUAGAAGCAGAGCAUCAUCAAGACCCGAAAGUAGAAGUAGUAUAGGACGAGAAAGCAGAACAUCAUAUAAUCAUGAUCAAAUCGAUAGAGAGAAAACACCUAGACCGGAAAACGAUUUGAUGUCACCUACUUCCACAGAUGACAGAGUCUAUUACGAUCGAAUGUCAUUCUCGUCGAACGUCACCAAUAAAUCGAAGAUGGUAGCUGCUCAGAAUGGCUGGGACGAAGAGAGGGAACAAAAACUCAGGGCAGAAUAUGAAUUUAGAAUCGCUGGAUUGGAUAGGAAAGUAGUCAAUGCAGAAAAAGAAAGGGAUGAAGCCAAGAGGGCUGAAAUAGCAGAGAGGGAAAGAAGAGUAGAAUGGGAAGAGGAAGUGAGAGGGCUCAAAGAGAGAGCCGCAACUCACGCUUCAGCAUUGAGAUCUAUUCAGCAUGAGCUGGAUCUAGCGAAAGAUGCCGUAGAAGCCGCAAAGGAACGUGCAGACCAAGCUUCUCACACUGCUGAAGAAGAGGUAGCUCAAUGGAGGGAAAGGUAUGAAUCGCUAGAGGACGAAUAUAGGAGGUUGGAAGAACAGAAAAUGGAUAGGCCCUCUUCUUCGAGUGGCCAUGAGUCUCAACAAGCUGUUUCUGAACUCAAGAUGGAGCUCCAUACAUUAGUGGAUGAGCUAAACGCAUUGUCGAUGAGAAAUGACGAGCUCAUGUCUGAGAGGGAACAAGAUGCACUUGGAAUGAACGAUAUGGAAGCUAAAGUUGAGGAAUAUAAGAGAAAAUACGAUGCUGUUCGGAUAGAACUAAGGAAUCUCAAAGCAACGUCCACUAUGUUUGUCUCGAAACCAUUGACAGAUGAUCACCUUCCCGCAUCGGCGGACGGAAAUAUCGCCGAUACCAGUGUGUCAGCUUUCCAGAACGCCAUUGAUGGACUACUCCAAGCUGCAAGAUCAACGCAGCCGACUGGUGUUCUUCCAGCUAUGAAAGCGAUUGUUGAAGCUAUAACUGAAAUAGGAGAAGAUGUGAAGACUUUCGAAGCACAACCCAACCUCGACGUGGAUGUGUCACGUCUCGAAUCGUUGAAAUACGAAUCUACAAAUCGUCUCAAUUCUCUCAUGCAAGCAGCAAGAAAUCAUGCAAUGGCUUCUGGAUUAUCUCCCGUCUCACUCCUUGAUGCGGCAGCUGGUCAUCUCAGUGCGAACGUAGUCGAGAUCAUCAAACUAUUGAAGAUUCGACGAUCAGGUAAAAGUAGGGAUAUGUCAAGAAGGAACUCGAUGAGUAUAAAAGACAUGGUUAACCGUGAUCAAAGAGAAAAAGACGUCAAAGCUGCGAAUGGAACUUGGGAUAGAGAAUAUGGAUCACAAGAUCGAUUAUCAGAACAAGCUAGAUCAAGCCCUACUCCAAAUCCCAAUCCACCUGUAUUGAUCCGCCAACCUUCCAAUGAUCGUGGGCCAUCAAGAACAGCUACUCCAAUCGAACAACGAUCCAAUGGCAACACAUAUAAUCCCAAUCCUAUGCUGCGGUUAGGAUCCGAAACAGGAUCAGGUUCAGGACUAACACCUUCUACAGCUCCUGAUAGACCUCAGCAAUUGAGAAUAAAUAGUUUCCAAUCGACAUCAUCAAUGGGUAGAUCAGAUUCAUUCGAUUUGGAAAGGAAAUCUUCCAUGAUGUCUACAAAUCCAAAAGCCCUGGUAGAACCUAGAACAGGAUCGAGUUUCGGUGGAAUGAAUUCUGGUCCCAUCUCAGCUAGUGGUAAUGGUCCAAGGGAAAGUUUGAAUUCUUCAGCUGAAAGUAGCGCGAGACCGACUACUGCUUCAGGAGGGAACUACAGAGAGCCAAGUGUAGAAGAGAUUGACGAUGAUGAUGAUCGCGAUGAUGGUUAUGACGAUGCUAGGGAAUGGGAGGAUCUUAAACCAUAUCUCAACGCACAGUCAUCAGCAUUGGUGAAUUCAAUCCAAAAUCUUCUAGCAGCCAUUCGCAUGAAUUCGUCACCAUCAGCACUGAAUCAACAUCUAUCAGAAGUGAUAGCAAUAGCUUCAUCGAUAGUAGCAGUGUCGACAAACGCUUUACCUGGUUCACUAAGAGGUGAAGGUGAUGAUUUAUUGAAAGAUUUAGUCAGUAAUACGAAUAAAUUAUCAGAAGCUCAAGAAACCGCUAAAACAUCUGGAUCCGGUAAUACCAAUAAUAACAAUGGUGGUAAUAACCAAAAUGGAUUCGAAAAAGGUGUAAGACAACAAAUUGCAAGCGCAAGUUUCGGUGUAGCGAAGAGUCUGAAAGCUUUGAUGAAACUUGGUGGCGCCGAAUAA